CGCGCUUGCAGAGCCCGCUGGGAAGCGCAGCGCAGCGCAGCCCGGCCCGGGAUUCCCCCGCGCGAGCUGCUGGCCCGGGGGGCGGCCGCUCGCGCGCGCUCUCAAGCCUGUACCCGCCCAGCCGCCGACCCCUCAAGAGCAAGAGUUUGCUUUUCUGACCUCGCCCCGAGGGCUGGCCACGCCUGCCCCGAGCCAGGCCUUCGCCUGCCCGCGCUCCCUGCGGCUGUCCAGGAACAGCUCUGCAGCAUGCGAGGGGUUAACUAGCGCUGCGAGGAGGAAGCACAUGCUCGCGCGGAGCAAUAAUUGUCGGUGGCGGUGCACACCCGGCAGAGGGAGCGGACCGCACCGCACUCCGCAGUCGCCCCCCCUGCAGGAGCUGGGACCGGUUUUUUGCCACAGCGCCCGGCAGCCCCAAGAUGCUGGAUCAGAUCGCGUUGCUAGCCGCUGUGACCGUCCUGGGAGUCUUGGAGCAAGCCUAUUUUGCACUGCAGGUGAUCUAUGCCAGACGGAAGUACAAAGUCUCCCCCCCGGAUACAGCAGGCCCACCAGAAUUUGAGAGAGUCUUCAGAGCUCAGGCAAACUGCUCCGAAUACUUUCCAAUCUUUGUGUCUGUCCUAUGGGUGGCUGGACUCUUCUUCCAACAAGGUGUGGCUGCAGUCUGUGGGCUACUCUACUUGUAUGCUCGGUACCAGUACUUCCAGGGAUAUUCGCUCUCUGCUCUUGGAAGAUUGGGGCCUAUGUACUUCAGUGCCAAAGUUCUGUGGAUUUUGAUUGGUUUGUCCAUGGCUGGGCUUUUGGUUCACUUCCUUUCGCUCAGUUCUUUUGUGUGGAGAAUGGAAAUUCCAAGCAAACUGCAACUGCUCUUCCAGUGGUAAACAGCACCUGUGACCUAAACUUCAACUCAGCAUCUCCUCCAAUGCUGGAGGAAGAGGGAGAAAGCGGUCCUCUCCCGCCCGCCACCCCAAGUUAUCCACAGCAAGUUCCACUUAUUAGGAAACAGUUUUAAUCACAAGUGGAGAAUAGAGCAAUGCUACAUCCAUUUGCCUCAGUUGGCUUUUAAAACCCCUUCUCUUCCCCCACUAAACGUUGUGCAUAUGCAUGUAGAAAAGCUCAGGCUUGCUAGAGAAGCUAAAGGCAGACAUGAUUAGCAGCACAUGCUUUUCUGUGCACCCCACUGAAACUAAGGAUUUUGCACCAGACUCAGCUUCUGCAGGAUGUUGCUUAAGCUAAUGAAAAGAGGCUGUUGUAAUUCUCAGCUGCUGUGUCUAUACAGCAGGUAGCAGUACUUCAAAUGGAGUGUUAGUGGGAGGCAAGGUCUAGACCACCUAUUUCUAGGACAUUUGUUCAUAUAAUACUUAAAUGCUUUUAGGCCCAUGUUUUCUAAUGGCUUAUGGCACUGGGCACCCAAGAUGAGAUUGCUAGGAUCUGCUUUGCUGAAGUUCUGGGUGCUCCUAGCUAUCAAAUUGGGCACUCAAAAGCAUGACAAUAACUGAAAAAGAUGAGCUUUAAUUUCCAUUGCCAAACCAAGAGCUGUCACAGUCUGAUGUUGCUUAUCUUUGCUGAACUACAAGUUGCCUUGAAAAUUUGACAUUUUUACUCUGUUGUAGUUACUUGUUGCUGCACUUACCUGAGCAAUGGGAAGCAUACACAGGUUUUCUGCUACAAGAGUCAAUGCAUCUAAUGUCAUAGGACAGUCAGGGGAACAUUGCAUACACAGUUGGUGAGUGGAGACAGAAAAGAGCCAGAAAAGGUGAAGAAAUACUUUCCCAAACUUACAGCUUUAGAUAUACUGGUUUGAAGGGGAGGAACAUAGAAGAAAAUUGCUAAAGUAUUGUUUUAUAACCACACUUUAAAAGCAAAAGCCAUUCAAAGAAAGGCUCUCUCCUAACCUAACAGAAACUUGCAUUUGGUUUUAAUAAAGGAAUUAGGAAUUAAGUCCCUCUACUUGGAUUCAGAGCCACUGAGAAUGUUUUCAGCAUCAGGUGGCCCUUCUCAGUAGUAGACUAGUAAGGGGGGAUAAAAAGCACAUUUUAGAUGUAAUGUAUUACAAGUGAGAGUUUAGCAAUGGUUCCUUUUCCUUAUUUAUGCAGAGCUGGAGUACAGUCUGUUCAAUUAUGCUACUACAGCACCCUGCCUGUAGAAGCAGGGCACCUGGAAAUGGCACCAGUGCCACAAGCAGCACUGCCGUGGCUAAUUUAUAAUCCAGAGUUACAUUGCCAAGUCAUGGGAAGGGAAAAUAAUUUUAUAAAUCGGCAAGUUAAAUAUGAAGAGCCUCUUGCUAGAAAGUUAAAACCUGAGUGAAGACAAGGGCAAGGAUUUUAAAUUUAAUUAAACUUUAUUACAGUGCACGUUAUUUUUAAUAUGCAUUUAUAUAGAGAUGUACUUGAAAAAUCAAAUGUAUCCAAUAAUAAAAAAUACAGCACAUUAAAGUAGUAUAAUGCAUUCCAGUGUAUAGCUGAAGAGACAUUGGGAUUUCAGAAAAAACUUUGAGAAAUUACACGACUUCCUACCAUUUUAGAACUGGGCUACUUAUUUUCAAAAUUCACAUCAACCAGUAACUGAAAUAUUUAUUAAAAAGAUGGAUUUUGCACUCAAAAUCUCAAGGCAUGAAGACGUUGGUGCCUUCAACAUAGUUUUAUUCAGGGGCCAUGUUCAACCCUGGCAGGCACAGUGUGGUUUAUUAUUUCCCUGCCAUACCGAUAUACGUAAUCUCCUCUGGUAGAACCAUGACUCUUCCUGGACCAAGAGGAGAGCUCCAUCUUCCUACUCACUUAAUCCUCAGAUGUAGUCCUGGAGGAACUGCCUCUUGCUGGGGCAAGGGGAAAUGAAGCGAUUCAGGCAGUGAUUGUUUCUCCCAAUACACCUCAACCCUGCUCUGCAGUUGGUAAGGGGAAUUCAGUCACCCUGUGCUCAUUGCCAAAACCCUCCCCCUUCACUGCUCCAGCAAUAGGACUCCCACCCAAUAUAGCCAGGGUCUGCCCUUUCCUGGGCUGAAGAUACAUAUGGCCUUCUGCUCAUUAGAUCCUUCGUUCUGUAAGCAUGCCAAACCAUGCUGUAUGUUUAUCUGACCCAGCUGCUACACUCAGGGAGCCAUGUCCCUGAGAGGACGAGUGACAGUGUGGUCCUCGCCCAGGGGAACAAACCAAACCUUUUAACUAGGAUUAUUUUCCCUUGGUCUCUAUACAGCAAGAGCGGACAGUUUGACCACCCCCCACAAAGUCAGCUGCAGCCAACACAUGCCAGUGUGGACAUUGGUGCUCUCUUGUUUAAUUCCAGCCAGCACCCACCUAUGGAAAUGUUUCCCCUCCAUGUAGUCUGUUGCAGAGCUUCCCAGGAUUCGUGUAUUUUGGCCACAGACUUUUUUUCUUCUUCCUGGCUUGUAGCAGAUGGUGGUGCUGUGCAUGCAACAGUUUCACACCCUUUGCAGACUGGGGGAAGGGAAUAAAAAGGAGAGGAAGAUUUGGAGGAGGGACUGAGCAACGGCUUUGCGCAUCCACCCUUCGUCCUGGGAAUUUCAUUCUG